AUGGAUGAUUCCUGCGUGCCCAAAGAGCUCAUUAAUACCAGGCACGGAGGAGACGCUGAGACGAGAGCGGCUGUGAUCAGAGCAACCGACCAGAGAAAGAUCCUUCAAAUGAGGCGGCUUACAGGGACCACCAGUCAACAGAAGAGCAGCAGGCAGAGAGAGAAGAAGAAGGAAGUUCUCUGCACGUUUGAGACGCAAACUAAGGGGGGAACCUCCAGUCGCUACUACAAAAGCUGCAGCUCUGAAGUCCACAUGAAGGAGCCUCAGACCUCACCUGAAGCCUCAUUACGAAAUGAAAGAGAACUCACAAUCAAAGAGCCGGACACGUUCACCCGCGCAGGUCACAUGACGUUUGUUCUGGUAACUUCUGCUUCUGGCGAUAAUGAGGCGUCUGCCCCUUGUCUGCGCCUCCAGCUCUUCAGUGCUUUUUCUCCCUGCAAAAACAAAGUCUUCUCUGAUCACGAGGACUGGCAUCUGAGAGCUCAAAAGAUAUGGCUCUUGCUGUUGGUUGAUUGGUCCAGUGUCGAGCUCGUGACCUCCCUUUGGCUCAGCAUCCCUAACCCGAUGGCUUUCUCGUCGCCUCUACCAUCUUCUUUUCUGGCCUUGACCUGUCUGCUCCUGGCUGCUCUGAUGGGGUACAGGGGUGUGCUGUAA